GGUAAUCUCUUCUCCGCCUAAAUCCCAAAUAAAAAACCCUACAUUUCUCGUCGGCUUUUUCGCUCGUCAGACACUGUCAAUACAACAUGGCCGCCGUUGCCGCCGCCAGAACAGUCCUCCGUUCCGCCGACACAUCAACUCGCAUUGCCUCGGCGACACGAGCCGCCUCCAUUUUCAGAUCUCCUGCAGAGACUAGCAGCUUCAGCGGAGCUUCAAUUUCUCCGCACCGCGGCCAAUUCGGGAACGCAGAUGGAAGAAACUUCUCAACUAAGACGAGGAAAUUUCGAUUUCAGCGCAGAAUCGAUAUGAAGCGAAGCACUUCGGCUACAGGAAUCGUGGAAAGGAUAGAGUACGAUCCUAAUCGAACUUCUCGGAUCGCUCUAGUACGAUGGGAAGGCGGAGCUCUCCAAGGAAAAUCCAAGGCGGCGGAGGAUAUCGCGCUGCCGGCGAAGAGUCUCGAAUCCACUGUCGCCUUAGCCAGCGGCGCGUUCUCCUUCUCCUCCCUGCCGGGGUUGCUGGAUGACAGAAGCUCAGCUUACUCUUCUAAAGGAGGAAAUAAGCAAACUGCGAAGUCUACAUAUGUAAUGGUUGGAGUACCUUCGUCGAAGAGCUGCUUUAGUGAAGGUUCAAGAAGCAGAAUUACUAACGGGAAGGAUGUUAUUGUCUCUGCUUUCUCUACAAAGGCCAAGGGAGAGAAUGUGGGUGUAUCUGAUGGCUUCCCAAGGAUAGCGGUGGCUGGAUCGAGGCCGGCUUACUUCGUUCUGGGAGAGAAAGAGGAAGUAGGAGGGAAGGAUAAGUUCACUCUUGGAGAGGUACAGAAGUGGAAGAAGGAUAGCGAUCGAUGGAUGCAUAGAAUCAAGCGUAAAGGGGCAGUUUCGUGGUCUAGUUUGAUGGGGCAAGAGAUAUUAAGGCUUACGGGAUUGGAGCCGAGGAAUGGUGGCAAGUCAAAGACUGGGAAGCUCGGUGAUGACCGUGUUCCUGUCACUUAUAUCUUAGCCAGUCAUCAAUUGGGAGAGGGUAACUUGGUGAUGAAUUGGUCCGGAGCUUCGAGUAGCAGCUCGUCUCAAUAUGGUAAUCGGUACUAACUUUGUUUGCAAAUUGAGAACUGAGUAGAAGAAUAACAAAUGCCAAUUUUACUUGUGCUUUGGUUAAGCUUUCUAGUUGAACCUAUCUUUAUAUUAGGGUAAUAUACAGUGUUUGAGCACUUCCUUGUUGCCUUGUGGUGCCAUUUCUCUGUUGCCACUGGGGAACAAUCGUGGGGCGAAAGCAAAGAUUGUGUUGGCUUCAUCGUUCUCUGUUUCUUCUCGUGGUAACAGUUUUUUUUUCCUUCUUGAAUUCCCUUUCAUGGCGUGGAUGGUUUGGCAUUCUGACCAAAUGCUAUGGAGUAGGGGGGGAUAUGUUUGAUCUAGUAUGGAUAAUGGGUUAAUUCAACUGGAGAGAGUGGUUAUAUAAAUGUAUUGCUAUCUUGUAACUGUUGAGGUGAAUGUGAUUCAUGGCGUUUCUUUUUUUA